GGAGGGGGCGCGGAGGGAGAGGAAGGCGGAGAUGGCGCAGAGCACACUGCCGAGAAGCUGCAGAGCCCGGCCUCCCCCGACGACGAGUUCGAGAACGAGGGUCAUGGCGGCACCGGGCCUCCCCGAGGCGGACUUCAGGAAGGCGCUGGACUCGGCGCUCUUCAGGCGGUGGCUGGAGAGCCUGCAGGCGGAGAAGGGCCUGCUCGCCCACGGGAAGCUCAGCCUCCGCCAGAUCCUCAUCCAGGGGGUGGACAUGUUCGGGCAGCGCGUGGGAUUCCUCAAGUUCAAGGCCGACAUCAUGGACGAGGAAACCCAAGCCAAGAUUGCCUAGACACAAACAGGGUUUGGAUCAACAAGAGUAAGUAUAGAGAUCAUAAGGUAGGUGCAGAUAGGAUAGAACAGGGUGAGGAGCUGCGACAGACUGAGGCGCCCAAUAUAUGCGCUUCACCAGGGUUU